GAAAGAGAGACAUUCACAACAGCCUCUGUUGUCGCCAUGCCAAACACAACCACAACUCAAGGGUAUGUCCCCACAGGGACAGAAACCGGCCCUUCAGUGCUUGUCAGCCUCACCCCACCACGGGUGAGUACCACAGCUGUUCAGACCACUGCACCAACAUCUGUCACUACGUCUCCGACGGAAGCAGCAUCCACAAUGGGCUCCAGCACAGAGACACUCAUCACCAGCACAACAGCUAAUACCACAACCGCCGUCAGCACCACUGCAGCAACAGAGGUUCCACGAACAGUCCGUGCUACCACCGUCCCAGCCGGAAACAUGACGGCUACAUUCCCAGCUGCACCGAACAGUCCAGCAACUCAGAACUUCAGUACAGCUCCAACCACGGGAUCCGCUGCUAACCCAAACUCCACUGCCCUGCCCUGGGUCCCAGGUGUCCCGACAGAAGAGCAGAUGACAGCACUGCCCCCCUGCCAUCCUCCAGCUGCCAACCCAACUGAUGCUCGCCUCUUCCUAUCGCUGGGACUGACCACUCACCUGAACCUCAGUGAGCCCCAGGUCAGGGGUAUGGUUUUGUCCAAGCUUGAGCAAGACCUAAAUAUGAAGUUCCCAUGCAGCGGGUUCACCGUCCUCUGGAAAGGAGAAGGCAAAAAGUGAGCAGCAAUUCCGCUGGCCCCCAAGGAACCGACAGGUUCGUGUCUGGGUGCCGCGGUGAGCGGGACAAAGGCCACGGCACGAAAGGGGACCAUACGGCUGCUGCUACGUGUGCUCAUCGACUCCGGAGUGGAAACCCCACCUGGAGGAUACAGGUUUAACCCCAGAGAAGAAAUCUCUCUUCUGCAUGCCGAGACCUCAGGCUUUCUUUUGCCAUAACCCUCCUGGACUGUUUCUCAAAGGCCCCGGGAGAUUCCAUAGACAGUAAGAAUUCAGAAAAGAGGUGAAUGCCCUUUAAAGGUCCCAGUGAAGAUGAAAAAUGUCAGGUCUGGAGAUUUCCCCUCUUCCUGUAUGAAAGGAGCCAAUGCUUUGAAUUGCAAGCUCUUGGGACUGUCUCUUACUAUAUAUCCGUACAUCCUAGCACCAUAUCUCAGUCACGGCCACGAGGCCUUGCUGUCAGAUAAUUGGUAAUAUUGGAUCUUGGUGGGGGAACAGCAAGUGGAGACUCUGACUCCCACUGUAUUACAGCUGUCCAGGUGCAGGUGAAUCCUGCGUGCCCAGUAUAAAAGGGGUUGUUUUUUCCAAUUCUGCAGGAUCCUUUACUGGAUUUUUCCAGUCCCAGCUGAGCAGUUUGUCCCCCUCCCGGAGGCAAAUGAAACUAGUAAUUCAUUAACUGGUUAAUCAGCCAGAUAAAGUCACACUAAAACAAUGAUUACUUAGAGCAAUUUUUUAAACACUCCUCUUGUUUUAAAAACUUCAGAAAACCAGAAUUUUGGGAGUUUCAAGACCAAAUCAAAUAAUAUUUUUGGUUUUUAUUUAAUCCCUGGCUUAGCACUGGAUUCAGACUCGAGAUAGGGUGUAACAUUUUUUAACUGUGAGAGUAAUUAACCACUGGAACGAUUUACCCAGGAUCUCUGGGAGUCUCCAUCACUGGCAAUUUUUAAAUCACAAUUGGACGGUUCUCUAAAAUAUCUGCUCCCAGAAUUCUCUGAGGGAUGUUCUAUGGCUUGUGUUACGCAGGAGGUCAGACGAGCUGGGUUUCUCUUCCAACCUCCAAGCCCAGGGAGCAAAGCUGCUGGUUCUGAUUCUCUCCCACAUCAUGCUGCAUAUAGAAAACACAGAAGACCUCCUUAUGUAAACUGAGGUAGAACCUGUGUUCCCAGCCAGGAGCCCGGCUAGUGCCCUCUCAGGGACUAGGGCUGCUUGCCUGUGUUGUUUGCACUCUCCACACUCUCUUUACCUCCACCAUCCCUUUAAAGGUAAACAGCUCCAAUAGGUGGGCUGGCCCUAAGCGGUAGGUUUUCCAGGGCCCUAGGCUAAGUGACACAUAGAAUCAUAGAAUUGGAAGGGACCUUCAGAGGUCGUCUAGUCCAGUCCCCUGCAUUCACGGCAGGACUAAGUAUUAUCUGGACCAUCCCUGACAGGUGUUUGUCCAACCUGCUCUGAAAAAUCUCCAGUGAUGGAGACUCCACAACCUCCCUAGGCAGUUUAUUCCAGUGCUUAACCACCCUGACAGGAAGUUUUUCCUAAUGUCCAACCUAAACCGUCCUUGCUGCAAUUUAAGCCCAUUGCUUCUUGUCCCUCUUUUUCCCCCUCCUUUUUGUAACAACCUUUUAUGUACUUGAAAACUGUUCUCAUGUCCCCUCUCAGUUGUCUCUUCUCCACACUAAACAAACCCAUUUUUUUCAAUCUUCCCUCAUAGGUCAUGUUUUCUAGACCUUUAAUCAUUUUGAAAAGCAGCAAAGAGUCCUGUGGCACCUUAUAGACUAACAGACGUAUUGGAGCUUGAGCUUUUGUGGAUGAAUACCCACUUCACUGGAUGCAUCAUUUUGGUCGCUCUUCUCUGGACUUUCUCCAGUUUGUUCACAUCUUUCCUGAAAUGUGGCACUCAGAACUGGACACAAUACUCCAGUUGAGGCCUAAUCUCCGUGCAGUAGAGUGGAAGAAUUACUUCUUGUGUCUCACUUACGACACUCUUGCUAAUACAUCCCAGAAUGACGUUGGCUUUUUUUGCAACAGUUUUACACUGUUGACUCAUAUUUACCUUGUGAUCAACUACGACCCCUUUCCGCAGUGCUCCUUCCUAGUCAGUCAGUUUCCAUUGUGUAUAUGUGCAACUGAUUGUCCCUUCCUAAGGGGAGUACUUUGCAUUUUUCCUUAUUGAAUUUCAUCCAUUCCUUCAUGGGGCUGUAUCCAGGUUCCAUCCCAUUUACACCUUCAUCUCCCACAUCUCUGUGCUCACAGCAGCCUCUCUGGGUGCCGGGGACCUCAGGCUGUGGAACGAAUAGAGGCUGUGGUUGAGUAUCUGUGUUCCCCUUUGGGUGUAGGCCAGUCUAAGAAGGGGAUUGCCUAUUUGCCUAGAAUCAUACGCAGCGGAGUCGAAAUAAACAAGAAGUUUAUUUGUAGGGCUGUCAAUUAAUCGCAGUUAACUCACACUAUUAACUCAAAAAAAUUAAUUGCAGUUAUUCACAGUUUUAAUUGCACUGUUAAACAAUAGAAUACCAAUUGAAAUUUAUUAAAUAUUUGGGAUGUAUUUUCUACAUUUUCAUAUAUAUUGUAUUCUGUGUUGCAAUUGAAAUCAAAGUGCAUAUUAUUUUUAUUACAAAUAUUUGCACUGUAAAAAACAAAAGAAAUAGUAUUUUUCAAUUCACCUCAUACAAGUACUGUAGUGCACUCGCUUUAUUGUGAAAUUGCAACUUACAAAUGUAGAUUUUUUUUGUUACAUAACUGCACUCAAAAACAAAACCAUGUAAAACUUCAGAGUCUACAAGUCCACUCAGUCCUACUUCUUGUUCAGCCAAUUGUUAAGACAAACAAGUUUGUUUACAUUUACAGGAGAUAAUGCUGCCUGCUUUUUAUUUACAGUAUUAUCAGAAAGUGAGAACAGGUGUUUGCCUGGCAUUUUUGUAGCCAGCACUGCAAGAUAUUUACGUGCCAGAUAUGCUAAACAAUUAUAUGCCCCUCUAUGCUUCGGCCACCAUUCCAGAGGACAUGCUUCCGUGCUGAUGACGCUUGUUACAAAAAUAAUGCAUUAAUUACAUUUGU